ACGUCGAUACUUUUCACAUUCCAAUUUCAAUUUCCAUUCAAAAAGUCCGCUAAUGAUAUUGAGAAGUGACAACCAAUCACGUUUAACGUUUCUUUCCAACUUUUAAAUACUAAAAUUUCAUUGGCCGAGCACCCAAAACCCACUGCGCAGAAGAACGACGCCGAGAACGAGACGUUCUUCGUUCGGCGGCAAUCGGAGAGAACAGACGUGUCGUGUCGAUCGGUGAUCCAUCAAUUAAUAGAUUUUAUACGUCAUCAAAGAAAAGUACUUCGAAGUUCGACGUGGGUAAUGCAGAGCACUUCGAUGUUCGACGUGGGUAAUGCAGAGCUACUCCGAUGAUUAUCGACAGCAGAGCCACUACGUAGUCCUGUAUCAAGACAACGGUUGGAACUAGCUUUAGGACUAUGGACCACCACGGAUUUGCACGGAUUGCCAAGGACAUAGGAAUAUAUAGGGUGUCCCAAAAAUGGUGGAGCGUUAGUGUCGCUCCUUUACGUGUCAUUGAGCUCACAAUCUUUACGAACGUUAUGGAACAGACCGUCAGUUUGCUGCAUGAUCGAACAGAAAUCACAGAAUCGAACAUAAACAGAUCCGAAGAUAUCACCAUGGAAGUUGACAAACGAUGCCGCAAAGUAUGUGCUAUUUUGGGCUGCCGAAGUAACAAAAAGAGAAUGUUUCAGUUCCCCUGUCCGGUGAAGGAUAACGACAGGUACAUGCAAUGGAUUACAGCUUGCAGAAGGGAGGAUUUUCUUCGCCUUUCACCCAAGAAGGUGAGGACAAAAGUGGUGUGUGACCUCCACUUUGAAGAUCGAUACCGCUUUCCAACCAAACUUACAAGAGACGCAAUACCAACCUGCAACUUACCAGAACCUGCUGCACUUGUAGAGCCACAGGAAGAAACCGUAAUAGAAAUUACAGAAGAAGAAGAACAUAGAUUAGACAUUGGCUGAAAUCGUUUCCCUGGUGCUACACAAUUGUAGUUAAUACCAUCCAAAUAAGGUUCUUCUGGAUUUUCAGGGCCAAGAAAUGCUUGAGCGGAUUGAUUUUUUGCUAAACUCUGAUAUAUUG